GGAAGCUACAGCAGAGAAUCAGACAAGGAGGGAAGAGAGAGAGAGGUUGGAGAGGGAAAGAGAGAGAAAGAGACAAAGGAAGUGAGUGCGAGAGGAGACGGCUUAGCAUCCGAACUAUCUCUGGUGAACACCCCCAAGCCUGGCCUAGGGCAUGCCCCAGUUCACUUUCGCCUGCUUCUGUGGCCUCCACGGCUUCUGCAAGAUGAAGAGGAAGAAGGAGGAAGUUCACAGAGAGCGGGAAACGGCAGUGUGAGCAGGACCCGGGCCCCGUCUCCGGCCUCCUCCUCCGGCAGGUGCCAGGCCUGAAGGCACCCACUUCUGGCAGGACCUGCCCGGCCCUCCAGAGACGGAGAAGCCCCGGGGCGGCCCCGCGAGUGAAACUGCUUUCGGGCCUCCGAGGGCUGCAGGCACUUGGCUCAGGGUAACGCCUUGGCGGAGGGAUGCGCUACCUUGGGCGAGAACUGCUCCCGGAUCGGACACGGGCUACUCUGCCAGAGGACCACCCGGCAGCCUGGGCAGGGCGCAGGUGUAAGAUGAGCCCCCUCCAAACCCAGGAUGGAGUCUCUCCUGGGACCCCAGGACCGGAGGCAGCAGCCUCCACAGAGCAGCAUCCCUGAGAGAGGAGUCCUUUCCUGUCCCCUCCCAGUGUUCUCCUGGGCUGGGUGCAGCCAGGCCCAAGAAAGAAUAAAGACCUUUAAGUCGGGCUUCUCAGGACUAUUGACAGAACAAAUGGGAAUUUUCAGACUUACAAGGAGAGCAAGAUGCUACAAGACGGCAUAAUAUUACGAAAAAGAAUUAUUAUAUGAUUCCACUGUCUGAAAGAGACCAAGCUCCUAUCACACCAUGGUGGAUGUGAAGUGUCUGAGUGACUAUGAAUUACAGUAUGAACUUACUAAGCUUGGAUUUUCACCUGGACCCAUACUACCUUCCACCAGAAAAGUGUACGAAAAAAAGUUAGUGCAACUGUUGAUCUCACCUCCCUGUGCAUCACCUGGGAUGAAUGGACCUGAGGAGCUGGACAGAGCUCAGGAUGAUGACGACAGUGAAGAGACCCAAGACUUCCAUCACUAAACCACAAGCCCUAGAUGUCUACUGCCUGGCUUAUAAGCAUUCUGAGGGAAUAAGGUUACCUACAAGAGCAUCAAACACCAGAUUCAAAGGAUGGAGUAGCACCCGAGAGACAGAUUACUGCCCCGUGAACAGGAGUUUUGAGUGCGGGAGCCUAGAAAUUCUUCCGGCAGGCUUGAAGCUUGCUGUGCUUGGCAUCUUCGUCAUCGUGAUCUUUGUCUACGUAACGGUGGAAAGGAAGCCGUUCUUUGGCUGAGUGCUUUAGGAACAGAGCAAUGAGCGAGCCCCUGAGCCCUGCUGAGCCCUCCGGCUGCAGGAAAGAACAGAGACUGCUCCAUUGGGGAUGCCCCGCCCCAUAACCAGCUUGCUUGCUGCUCUGUGCGCUCACAGAUCCAUACCCAGGCUCAUAAUUUCAAAGCCGAAGGGGCCUUCCGUGCUGUCUAGUUCACCAGUCAUGUUUCAAGAGGAGGAAAUGGGCCAGGGAGGUAGAGGGAAAUGCCAAAAGUCACAACGAAUUGUAACCAGCAUCCACGGUGGCAGGAAUGAGGGAGAGAACAAGGUGCUCUUGUCGAAGAGCUCGAGGAUAGGGAAUUCCCUGUGUCGUGCUGGCCAUCAUUAAAAGCACUGCCACAUUUGAGCGUACUUCUGAAAAGAAAACCAUGCCUGGUGUUUUCCUUUUGAACUACGGUGGUAAGCCCAUAGGUCCCACUUUACUCCCUCUUCCAGUGGUAUAGUCAA